AUGGCAAUAAUACAUUCGCCAGCCAAGUCUGACACGCUCGUUCGGCUGCACUAUGAGUUGAUUGACGGCAUUCUGCUACUCCAGGGGACGCACUACGGAGACGAAGCCGACGUGGGAGAAUCGAACCUGGAAGCGAUGUCCAUAGAGCAGUCCGUCUUUCACUCAUACGAACAGCGUUGUCACAUCAAAUCGGCGUUCGACGUGAUCGACACAGUCCAGAAUCUGGGCGGCGGACUUCCCACUCGCUUCUAUGCCAAGACCCUCGAGUACACUGAUUUGGUUCCGGGAACGGACGAUAGCGCAGACCGUGACUACGUUGAUGAUGCGCUGGGCGCGAACGCUCAGGUGGACUAUUGGGGUGGUAAUGCUCCUCGAUUGGAGAGCAUCAAGAAGCAAUAUGAUCCGGACAAUGUAUUUUGGAACCCACAGAUUAUUAGGGCUCGGAAUGGGAUGCUCAAGGAGAAAGACGUUGCCUUGGCAGGCGUUGAUCCAUCCUGGAUGGCCUCGUGA